AUGGACACAGUGCACAUUGCAGUUGUCGGAGCUGGGGUGAUAGGGCUGUCAACCGCCAUGUGCAUUUCCCAGCUGGUUCCCCGAAGCUCCAUUACCGUCAUCUCAGACAAGUUCACUCCUGAUACCACCAGUAAUGUGGCAGCUGGAAUGCUCAUUCCUCACAAGUAUCCAGACACGCCUGUGCCCACGCUGAAGCAGUGGUUUACGGAGACCUUCCAACACUUGUCCGAAAUUGCCAAGUCUGCAGAAGCUGUAGAUGCGGGUGUUCAUCUGGUGUCUGGUUGGCAGGUGUUCCGGAGUGUCCCCCAUGAGGAGGUGCCUUUCUGGGCUGAUGUUGUUCUGGGAUUUCGAAAGAUGACAGAGGCUGAGCUGAAGCGAUUCCCUCAACACAUCUUUGGUCAGGCUUUUACAACUCUGAAGUGUGAGACUUCUGCCUACCUCCCAUGGCUGGAGAAAAGGAUAAAGGAAGGUGGAGGUCUGCUACUCACCAGGAGAAUAGAAGACUUGUGGGAGCUACAGCCAUCCUUUGACAUUGUGGUCAAUUGCUCAGGUCUGGGAAGCCGGCAACUUGUGGGCGACUCCACGAUUUCCCCUGUAAGGGGCCAAGUGCUCCGGGUACAGGCCCCCUGGGUGAAGCAUUUCAUCCGGGAUGGGAGUGGCCUGACGUAUGUCUACCCUGGUACAUCCUAUGUAACCCUGGGAGGAACCAGACAGGAGGGAGACUGGAAUCUAUCCCCAGAUGCGGAACUCAGCAGAGAGAUCUUUUCUCGAUGCUGUGCUCUUGAGCCCUCCCUUCACAGAGCCUACAGCAUAGAAGAGAAAGUGGGCCUGAGGCCCAGCCGGCCAGACGUGCGUCUGCAGAAGGAGCUCCUAGUCCAAGGAGGACAGAGGCUGCUUGUGGUCCACAACUAUGGCCAUGGGAGUGGGGGCAUCUCAGUGCACUGGGGCUCUGCUCUGGAAGCCACCAGGCUGGUGAUGGAAUGGAUCCAUACCCUCAGAACCCCAGCACCUAUGUCAAAGAUGUAGCUGAUGUCAAAGGACAGCAAAUAACCCCAGGUAGUAUUGAUCAAUGCACAGUUUGAAGUCUUUAACUUGGGCCUCAUAAUGUUUCCACUGCUUGAAAGUUGAAUCUGACCUUCUUUGUUUUCAAAAUUAGAAAUCAUGCAGCACAUAUUAGCAGACUUAAGAAGCUUGCCAAUA